GUAGUCUGUGUGUAAUAUUGAGCGACGAAAGACGAUUGGGAGGCGAAACUAUUUUUAAUUUCGCAUUUUAAUAUUUAUAAUUAUUGGACUUGUACAUAAUUUUGGAAGUGUUAAUAAUAAAAGUGAUAAAUUAAUAAGUGCAUCAAUCAGAAAUAAAGUUUAUAAUAUUUUUCAAGUAUGUGUGAAGAAGAGAAAAUGCAAGUUGUAUGUGCUUAAUUUGUAUUAAUCACAUUCAAAACUAUGGCUCAAUCAAAUUUCAGUGCCGUUGAUGAGUAUGGGUUUGAAAGACACGAAGAUUUUGACUAUGCAAGCUAUGAAGACUUCAUGUCUGUAUAUCUCAAGGUAUUGGCCUCGAGAGCGCAUAAAUGGUCUACAAUGCUUGGUGAAGGAAAGUCGGUCAAACGCACGAACACUAUUAAAAGAUACGUACGUAAAGGAAUACCAAGUGAACACCGCCCAUCAGUAUGGAUGGCAAUCUCAGAAGCUGACAAAAUGCGAGAUCUAGCUCCUGACCUGUAUCAUAAAAUCUUAGACAGCCCUUUUGAGAAGGAAUUAGUUGAUAUUGUGAAGACAGAUUUGCCUCGGACAUUUCCAGAUAAUAUUUAUUUCUCUAAGGAAGCAAACCACCAAACUCAUUUAUUUAAUGUGCUUAUUGCUUAUGCCCAUAAUAAUAGAGUUGUUGGAUAUUGCCAAGGAUUAAACUAUAUUGCUGGUCUAUUAUUGCUGUCUACAAAAAGUGAAGAAACUUCAUUCUGGCUGCUCAAAGUAUUAGUGGAAAAAAUACUUCCUGAUUACUACACAAGAACUAUGGAUGGCCUUAUUGUUGACAUUGAAGUAUUAUCUGAAUUGGUAAAGUCCAAGGCACCUGAUGUACACCAACAUGUGAUCAACUUAGGUUUACCUUGGGCAGUUAUCACUACGAAGUGGUUUGUCUGUCUCUUUGCUGAAGUGUUACCAAUAGAGACAGUCCUCAGGAUUUGGGAUUGUCUGUUUUAUGAGGGCUCAAAGAUUUUGUUCCGAGUUUGCAUUACAUUGAUCAAAACAAAUAAAGAGGCUAUUAUGGCAUGCAAUGACUUCACAUCUUUAGCUGAGUGUUUUAAAGCCAUUGUUAAAAAUGCAAGUGCUUUACACUGUCAUGAGUUUAUGCAGUCAAUAUUCAAAGUACCUGGAACACUUUCAAAUGCCACUAUUGUCAAAUUACGUGACCGCUUCGCGAAGCAGCGCCGAGAACAACAGCAGAAGGAGCCACCACGAUGAACAAACUUUAAUAAACUUGAUCUCUAAAAGUACCAAAUGAUGUUCUAUUUAAUCUUUUGUAAAAAUUGGUCAUGACAGCAUGACAUUAAUGAAUUUCAUUUUAAUUGGGAUUCUAAGCUUCUGUUGUGAAAUAAGACUUAACAUGACACUAAACUUUGUAAUAUUUCUCUCAAUGUAGAUACUUGAAUAAGAAAGAUUUCUAUAAUUUAUUACCUUUUUGGGUAUGCUUUAAACUUAUUUUUUAUUAUAUACUGUAUUUGAUGGUACAUAUUGAUUUUGAAAGUUAUUUAGUCUUAUGUUAGGAUUAAUAACUUAUUUUAAUUAUAUUUGAGUGAGACAGUUAUUUUUAAACAAUAAAUAAGCAUAGCAUAGAUGGUUUGCAUAA